AUGUGUGCAUAUGCAUCCUCACUUGCGAAAACAGUGGGCAAGCAUGCUUGCUCCAUUUAUGUUACUGGUAUUUCUUCUUCCAAUUUUAAACCAUGUUCAUCUUCUUCCAAUAAAGCUUUUAUUAAUACAUAUCCAGCAUGUCAGCCAUUUGAUCCAGCAGUACCCAUCACAAAUUCAAUCUGCAACAUUAUCUGUGCUGCAGCUUUUGGAUAUAGGUUUUCUGUUGAUGACAAAGACUUCUCAGAGUUGAUAGAAGCAGUCAGGGUUACCUUAAAAUUUGGAGGCACCCUCUAUGAAGUUUUCCCACAUAUCAUGAAAUACCUACCAGGUCCUCACCAAACUGUCAAAUCUGCAUAUAAAGUCUACAAAGAAAUAAAAGAAGUUUUGGGUUCAUCUCACUCAAUCUGUUAUCAAGACCGAAAGAAAGUGCCCUACACCAAUGCUGUGAUUCACGAGAUCGUCCGAAGCAAAUAUAUCUUAUUAUUUGGCUUACCAAGACAAUGUGUGAAGGAUGUCUAUCUGGGUAAUUUUCUCAUUCCCAAGGGAGCCAUUCUCACCCCAGACCUGCGUUCUGUUCUCUUUGAUCCCGAACAUUGGGAGACCCCCGAGGAGUUCAACCCCAAUCAUUUUUUGGACAAGGAAGGAAAUUUUGUGCCCAAUGAUGCAUUUCUUCCUUUUGGAGCAGGAGCUCGGGUCUGCCUGGGGGAACUCCUUGCAAAGAUUGAGACUUUCAUUAUGUUCACCAGUCUGCUGAGGGAAUUUAGGUUCCAGCCACCAGAAGGCGAGAAAAAACUCAGUCAAAAAACCAUCAUAGGAUUGACUGUGCAUUGCCUGCCUUACAAGAUUUGUGCUCUUCCACGUAUCAAUUCAUCACAAUAG